UCUCGACUUUUAAAAUUCAUUCUUAAAUAUUAAUUUACCUUACGAAGCUCUAGUUUGUACAAAAAUUGUUCUUUGUUUGAUAGUAAGUUCGCUAGUACCUAAAACACGAUAGAAGAUGAAAUAUUUCUGUCUUUUAGUUAUGGUUUAUCUCAGUGUGGCUUGGGGCAAGCCCAAUCUUAAACAGGAAAACGCACAAAAGUUAUCCAAAAUAAUGCCAACAUUCAUAAAGAAUUUACAAGAAUGCCAAAAGAAGUUUGAUGUCCCAAAUCGGUUUUUGAAUUCCCAGCUUGGUACGCUAACAGACGGUGAAAAAACCAAAUUAGGACAAUUUGAUCUCUGUACUCACGUAAAAAUGGGAUUGAUGACUGCUACAGGUGGUUUGGUUGACACCAAAAUUAGAGAAAUUUAUAAACUUCAAGGGGAGAGUGAUAAACAUUUAGAUACAAUUUUGACCGAAUGUAGAAGCAACGAUAGUAGAACACCAGAAGAAAAAGCUUUGUUCUACGUACAGUGUCUACAGAGUUUUCCGCUACAACGUAAAAAAUCGGUUUCUUGAAAUAUACCUCGAAAUAUUUUAUAUUUUUAUUAUACUUUGACGGUAAAAUUUUGUAAAGCUGUAAGUGGGUGCAACAUGUUUAUGUAUAAAUCUAAAAUGAAUAAACCCGUUUAUUUUGUGCCAAUCUCGACAUUUUUUAUACAUCCAUAAAAUAUUCUUAUUUGAGGUACAGCUCACUCUCAUUCUAAGGGGAAAAUUCACUCAUCCCACGAUAUGGUAUGCUGGAGUAUCUCCCAAUAAUUUUCAUUCGCAUCUGGACGUAAAUCAGCUUUCCCCAUGACCUUAUAAAGAUAAUUAUGAAGAAGAAGAAGACUUUUUGGUUGGUAUGAACUGAUCCUUAAGGGCGAGUAAAGAAACUUCUGUUUUAGAGAACAUGUUUCCUUAUAUCAACCAAGAGUCCGACUCUGUAUUGUCUUGACAGACUUCAUUGGGAUGUCGCCAUAGAAAGGUUUACUCAUCUACAGCGUAUUUCAAACAUGCGAUGAAGUGUACAAGGAUAGCUGCAUGCAAAGUAAAUAAGAAUUUUCUUGACAACGUUGCCGCUCUUCAUGGCAGCGGCCGUGAAACGUAGUAUUAGGCAGGUACUUGUAUAGGAUUACUGCUGCUUACUACUGUGAAAUAUUAAAGGAGGAUUUAUUUAUGAUAAUUCACAGAACGCCAAACCCGUUUGCAAUAUAUACCUAACUAUACUUAUUCUAAAAUUUGAAACGGAGUGUAGGUGUGCAGUUUUUCAUUCUUAGAAAGGAAGUUCAUACGCAUUUCUAGUUUCUUUAGUUUAAGCGGUGAUUUGUCAUAUCCGGCGCAAGUCACAUGAUGUAAACCUGCUUGAAAAUAAAUUCUUAAAUUAGCAAUUUAUGUUUUUCUAAUUGCUCACCAAUGUGCAAAAAUCCGCCUGGGGUUAUUGCAGGGUGGAUCGAAUAGCUCUGCGGUUACCACAGCCGGUCCAAGCCCGGAUAAAAUGUAGAGGGUUGAUUGGCAAGAUUAGCAACCUACCAAUCGAAAAAACGAAUACUGCUCAAAGAAACAAUGUGAAGCCUCGGAACCGGAUUGAUUAUAUGAAGACGACCAUGGCGAAAAAUAAGGACAAAAGAAAAACAUUGAUGAGAAUUACCACAUGGAACAUCAGAUCACUCAACACUAGAGAUCAAGAAAUCACCCAAGUAUUAAAAGAGAAACAAAUAGAUAUUUGCCCUCUACAGGAAACAAAAAAGAAAGGAAAAGGACAAUCAAGAUUUGGCGAAUAUACUAGUCUGCAGUGGAGUAGCAAAAGAAAACAGGGCCAAAGAAGGUGUAGCAUUACUCAUACAUCAAAAAUACCAAAAUCACAUCAAAAAGUGUCAAUAUAUAUCGGAAAGAAUUGUCACAGCAAAAAUUAGAAUGGAAAAGGAAGACCUGAACAUCAUCGGAGUAUACAAAUAACAAGCCUCAAGCAACAACGGAAAUCUUUUAUGACGAAGUACAAUAAGUAGCAGAUCAAGUUAGAGGGAAGAUGAUAAUACUAAGGGGUUUUAACGCUCGAAUAGGUAACCAAGUAAUACCCUGAAUUAAGCAAAAACACAAUGAAAAUGUUAAAAACUAAAAUGGAGAACUGAUGAUAAACUUCUGCACGAAUAACGAACUUAGAAUAAACAACACAUUUUUUGACCACAAAUACCAAUACAAAUAUACAUUCAAUAACACCCGUGGAAAAAAGAUCUAUGAUAGAUUAUAUUGUAACCAACAGAGAUAUACAUCCAUCAAAAAUAAUCGACCUAAGAUGCCUCAACUCAGCAGAUGUAGGUAGGUAGCCAUACAAGAGACCCAUACUGAAGACAAAAUCCAGCUUGAUUUAAGGGGAAACGAUUCCUGAACGAUUUACUGGGAGCCACUUAUAAUAAACAUUACGGCGUCGCAACCUAUAUUCGCUGCAAUAUAGAAAAUGGUUUCCUGCUUUCUGCUUCCAAUGAAAAUAAUAUACAUGAAGUGGCCACCAAAAUUGGAGAGAUUACCGUAGUUAACAUAUACAAACCUCCAGCCACUACAUGGAAUCCAGAAAUGCUAAAGAUUCAUCCACAUCCUACUAUAUAGAUCGAUGACUUUAACAGCCACCACGAAAUGUGGAAGUACACCACGAAUGAUGAAAAUGGGGAGACACUAGUAGAAUGGUCCGAAGAGCAAAAAAAUGUAUCUAGUUUUUGUUGCCAAAGACAGAGGAACAUUUAAAUCAGCUGCAUAGAGAAAGAAUAUAACCCAGACCUAUGUUUUGUCUCAAAAGACACCAAUGACAGACCACAAACAACGGCGAGAAAUGUCCUUGUAGACUUCCCACAUUCUCAACAUCGUCCUGUGCCUAUCACCAUCGCAAUAUCAAUUCCAAUAAUCAGAUCAUAUCCUCGACCCAGGUGGAAUCUUAGAAAAGCAAACUGCAAGAAGUUCUCUGAACAACUAGACAGGACUUUGAGCUGGAUCCCUCCAACCAGCAAACAUUACGAGAAGUUUGUGGGUGCAGUAAUAAGCGCUGCCACGGAAACAAUGCCUAGGGGGUAUCGCAAAGAAUAUGUGCCAGGAUGGACUGAAACAUGUGAAGACUUAUACGCAAAGUUUCUCGAAAGUGGUGACCGAGAAAUAGCCGACGAGCUUUUACACAACAUCGAUAAAGCUAGACGCCAAAAAUGGAUAAAGACUGUCGAAAACCUUGACUUUAAAAAAUCAAGCCGACAGGCAUGGUCACUUUUGUGGAAAAUUGGAGGAGCUAACCAGCUGGAAUCCAGAGAGUCUAAAAUGUCUCCUAACAAGGUUUCCUCCCAUAUAGUAUCUCUAUCCAGAGCUCCACAAGAUCGAACACAUACUACCAACGUGAAAAGAGACUUAAGGGCAUUUAUACAAAUGAACAGAACGAACUCCGAAUAUUCAGCAAGAAUAUUUAUUUCUGAAAUGACACGUGCGCUGAAAGAAAUGAAAUCAGGUAAAGCACCUGAGUUUGAUGGUAUCCAUCCUGAGUUCUUGAUACACAGUGGUGCAUACACGAAACAGUGGCUUGCAAUGUUCUUUAAUGAUAUACUUCAGUCAGGUAACAUUCCUUUCUCACUUAAACAAACAAAGAUAAUUGCAAUUCCGAAACCAGGCAAAAAAACUACCGCCCCAUAGCUCUACUCAGCAUGGUAUAUAUAUUAUUAGAAAAGCUUCUCCUCAACAGAAUUAGUCACAGGAUACUAGAAAACGUCCCCAUUGAACAAGCUGACUUCCGCCUUCAUCGAAGCUGUACGGACCAAGUUCUGUCAUUAACACCUUUUAUAGAAGCUAGUUUUCAAAAGAAACAAAAGACAGCAACAGUAUUCAUAGAUCUAACAUCAGCAUAUGAUACUGUUUGGAGACAGGGAUUAUUAUAUGAAUUGGCCCGUAUUAUCCCCUGCAGAAAGAUAAUUAAUUAACCUCAUUGACAACAUGCUGACAAACAGAGCCUUCCAGGUUAUAAUGGGAAAGGAGACGAGUAGACAGAUGAAACUUAACAAUGGCCUUCCAUAGGGUUCUGUCCUUGCCCCUUUACUUUUCAGCAUCUAUAUUGCUGACAUGCCUGAAACCGAAUCUCGGAAGUUUGGAUAUGCUGACGACUGGCCCCUUGCAACAAGCCACCAAUCUUUAGAAACUACAGAAGUCACUCUCACGAAUGACUUAUCCAUCCUCAGCGAAUGCCUUAAGAAAUGGAGACUACAACCAAGUACUACAAAAACUGAAAUAUCAGCUUUUCGUCUCAACAACAAGCUGGCAAACAGAGAAUUGCGAGUGUAUUUUAAUAACAAGCUGUUGAAACACAAUAAAUACCCGAAAUACCUUGGGAUUACUCUAUACAGAAUUCUCACAUUCAGAGAACACCUGACGAAAACAUCAGCAAACUUGAAAACACGUAACAAUAUAAUAUAGAAACUCUGCGGCACUACAUGGGGGUCCACAGCAUCAACUUUAAGAUCCUUUGCUCUUGGCCUGAUAUAUCCGGUGGCAGAAUACUGUGCACCAGUGUGGCUAAAAAGCAGGCUUACCCACCUGGUCGACACUCAACUAAACUGUGCUAUGCGUAUGAUAACAGGCACAAUUAAGCCCACCCCUACAAUGUGGCUACCUACCUUUAGUAAUAUAGCACCACCCAACCUACGACACGAACAUGUACUGGUGAAAGAAUAUAACGAAAUAAUGGACAGUCGCUAGCUUCUAGCCCACAACGACAUCCCCGAUAUUCUUGGAAACCUUCUCAGAUCCAGGUUACCCCCUCUAAAAUCUGCUCAAGCGCUGCAGCAAUCCAACUUUGACUUAAAUACCCGAUGGAGGGAAGAUUGGGAAAAUAAGACAGAUCCGCAUUAACAUAUAGUCUACCGGACAUCAUAGAAAAACCUGGCGAAUUUAACCCUUAACUGGUCCGGUACUGUAGCAGUAGCGUAACUGGUCCGGCGUCGUCUGCGAAACUACUGUCUUUAAGAAAGCCAAACAACACUCAAAAAUAAUUUUUUUUUAUAAAUAAAUGUUACAAACAUACCUUGAUAUGUUUAUAUAAAAGUGAACGUAUUAAAUUUGGGCGUUAUUUGGGUUAAGAAAAAAUUAUUAAAAGAAAACUGAAAUGCGCACAAAUAUUUGUGAAAAAGUACAUAGUUUUGUAAAGUAAAUAAAAAAAAUAUAAAAAACAACAUGAAAAACAAAAUGUAUUGCUGGGAUAGAUGCUCAAACUGCACACGAAACAAAAAACUAGGUAAAAUAAAAAUCGAUCAAAAAUGUUUGUUUCCAGCAUCAGUCAAACUUUACCUAUUUUAUAUGCAAUUUUUACAUAGGUAGUGGUUUUGUACAUCCCAAACAAACAGGCUUUUUGCAACGCAAGCACAGGUAUUUUGUCAUCCUGCGCUUUCUACAAGGACAUAAACUGCAAAUCUUGCGUUUUUCUAAAAUAAGAACAUCCUCUUGUUCUUCUUGAACUCCAAGUAUGAACACAAAAAAGUGACACCAACGGUCCGGCGUCGUCUGAGGAACUACUCUCAACCUAACUGUUGCGAUAACUUUUUAGGAACUAAGAGAAACUUGUCUCAAAUACACCUACUUGUCAAGCUCCAAUAGUUUAAGGAUUAGAUAGAACGACUUGCCUGUGGGCGGUGCCAAUUUCCAAUAAAAAAUAAUCAAAAUUAUUGAAUCGUCUGUCAGACGACGCCGGACCAGUUAAGGGUUAAACGUCCCCGUAACAUUUGGGCAGCCCUUAAUCGAAUUCGAACAAACUGUUUAAGAUGCACCGACUCCCUCUACAGAUGGGGCAAACUUCCCUCGCCUUCUUGUGACUCCAAGAUAGACGAUCAGUCACAUUGUUCAAGACUGCCCACGCAGAGCAUACACAGGCGACCCUAUAGACUUUGUAAUGGCAACCGCAGGGUCAAGCCAAUAUAUAAAAAAAUUGGACAUCUGUUUGUGAUGCAUUGUGUAAUGUAUAAAUCUAAAUAUAUUCUGUGUUGCACUUAAGCCAUACGCUAAAAAAAAUUAAGGGCCAUUAGAUUGUAGGAGUUAGUGUGAUAAAUAUAUUUGUACUAUUAAAUAAUAUAGAUCUCUG